CCCGCCUGGACCUCGUACGUCAGGUUGCCCUUCCACGUGCAACAGGCAGCAUCAUCUUCUUUCAUUGUCUUUCAGUCAGUACGGUUCCACCAACUUACUCACUAUCCCAGCCAAAGACAGGUAAAUAGAACUCGGGAAGUCUACAAGAAUGGCCGACGCAGAUAAUGCUACUCGCGCCCCUGAGAGCGACGCCCAGGAGACCCCUGUGGCCAGCGACAAUAUCCAAGCUCCAGCUCCAGCUAGUGAAGCUCCAGUCGUAGGCGAACAUUGUGUCUCUGACAGACCAACUCCUUCGGGCCAGUCCUCCACAGGUGAAAUCAUUAAGCUCAACGACGUCGAUAUCUACGUUUCGAAACCCACCGACUACCCCCAUGCGCCUUCACGACUCCUUCUCCUUCUGACCGGCGGUACGGGAAUCAAAUCUACCAACAACCAGAUCCAGGCCGAUAAGUUUGCUUCGGAGGGCUAUCUUGUCCUCAUGCCCGACCUCUUCGCUGGCGACACAGCUCCUGGGGCCACAGCUAUUACAGACGACUCCACAUCCAUUCUCGAACAGUUCAAGAUGAAGGCAGUAGAAGUUACAAAGUCAUUCCUCAUUGACAUGUGGCUCGCCCGCGUCACAGAUGAGAGGGUGAUGCCCAUCCUGCACAGAGUCAUUGAUGCUGCGCGAGAGCAGUACGCGGAUGCGAUCAAACAGGGCGACGGCAUCUAUGCCGCUGGAUACUGUGUCGGUGCACGAUUUGUUCUUCUGCUUGCUAAACAAACGAAGACCGCUGAAGGAGAUGCAGAGAGCGGCGGUGUCAAGAACGGUCCUUUUAUUAAGGCCGGUGCUUUGGCACAUGCUGCUUCUGUUAUACCCGAUGAUUUCAAGGACGUCAGUGUUCCUCUCAGCUUGGUUUGUGUCGAAAAUGACCCUCUCUUUCCCGACAGCGUUCGGAUAGGGGGAGAAGAUACUUUGUCUGACGCCAACGUCGAGCAUGAGGUUCAGGUUUAUCCAGGAGUUCCGCAUGGAUUCGCGGUUGUAGGCGAGUACCAAGAUUCAUCAAUCAAGGAUGCUCAGGCCACAGCCUAUGACCAGAUGCUCAACUGGCUCAAGGCUCAUUGAUUUUUACCAUGAUACCUUAUUCUUUCUCACCUGUGGCGUGCAGGUCGCCACAGUGGUUCUUGUUUGUGUCUUUGUUGAUUUGGUUGAAUAUAAGCAAGUGACGGGGAUUCUCACGGUGGGUGGAAGAAGGUAGGUCACAGGUUUCCACACCCAAUGUACUAGUGAACUGUUUGAAAUCCAUGCUUUGGGGUUCAAACGGAAAGUCUUUCGGGACGAUUUCUUUAGGCUAGAUUUAAUUGCUACAUACUGUAGCCUGAAAUCAUUCUCUGCCUCAUCUACCUCACGAGAUAGUGCAUAUAAUCUUACCCAGAUUCUUGGCAUCUUCCAU